AUGAAGGAGAUCAUUACACCUCUAAUGAAGGAGAUCACUACACCUCUAAUGAAGGAGAUCACUACUCCUCUAAUGAAGGAGAUCAUUACUCCUCUCAUGAUGGAGAUCACUACUCCUCUAAUGAAGGAGAUCACUUCUCCUCUUAGGAAGGAGAUCACUACUCCUCUUAUGAAGGAGAUCAUUACACCUCUAAUGAAGGAGAUCACUACUCCUCUAAUGAAGGAGAUCAUUACUCCUCUAAUGAAGGAGAUCACCACUCCUCUUAGGAAGGAGAUCACUACUCCUCUAAUGAAGGAUAUCAUUACACCUCUAAUGGAGGAGAUCAUUACACCUUUAAUGAAGGAGAUCACUACUCCUCUAAUGAAGGAGAUCACUACUCCUCUAAUGAAGGAUAUCAUUACACCUCUAAUGGAGGAGAUCAUUACACCUCUAAUGAAGGAGAUCACCACUCCUCUUAGGAAGGAGAUCACUACUCCUCUCAUGAAGGAUAUCAUUACACCUCUAAUGGAGGAGAUCAUUACACCUCUAAUGAAGGAGAUCACUACUCCUCUAAUGAAGGAGAUCACUACUCCUCUAAUGAAGGAGAUCAUUACUCCUCUCAUGAUGGAGAUCACUACUCCUCUAAUGAAGGAGAUCACUUCUCCUCUAAUGAAGGAGAUCAUUACACCUCUAAUGAAGGAGAUCACUACACCUCUAAUGAAGGAGAUCACUACUCCUCUAAUGAAGGAGAUCAUUACUCCUCUCAUGAUGGAGAUCACUACUCCUCUAAUGAAGGAGAUCACUUCUCCUCUAAUGAAGGAGAUCAUUACACCUCUAAUGAAGGAGAUCACUACACCUCUAAUGAAGGAGAUCACUACUCCUCUAAUGAAGGAGAUCAUUACUCCUCUCAUGAUGGAGAUCACUACUCCUCUAAUGAAGGAGAUCACUUCUCCUCUUAGGAAGGAGAUCACUACUCCUCUAAUGAAGGAGAUCAUUACUCCUCUAAUGAAGGAGAUCACUACUCCUCUAAUGAAGGAGAUCACUUCUCCUCUAAUGAAGGAGAUCAUUACACCUCUAAUGAAGGAGAUCACUACACCUCUAAUGAAGGAGAUCACUACUCCUCUAAUGAAGGAGAUCAUUACUCCUCUCAUGAUGGAGAUCACUACUCCUCUAAUGAAGGAGAUCACUUCUCCUCUAAUGAAGGAGAUCAUUACACCUCUAAUGAAGGAGAUCACUACACCUCUAAUGAAGGAGAUCACUACUCCUCUAAUGAAGGAGAUCAUUACUCCUCUCAUGAUGGAGAUCACUACUCCUCUAAUGAAGGAGAUCACUUCUCCUCUAAUGAAGGAGAUCAUUACACCUCUAAUGAAGGAGAUCACUACACCUCUAAUGAAGGAGAUCACUACUCCUCUAAUGAAGGAGAUCAUUACUCCUCUCAUGAUGGAGAUCACUACUCCUCUAAUGAAGGAGAUCACUUCUCCUCUAAUGAAGGAGAUCAUUACACCUCUAAUGAAGGAGAUCACUACACCUCUAAUGAAGGAGAUCACUACUCCUCUAAUGAAGGAGAUCAUUACUCCUCUCAUGAUGGAGAUCACUACUCCUCUAAUGAAGGAGAUCACUUCUCCUCUAAUGAAGGAGAUCAUUACACCUCUAAUGAAGGAGAUCACUACACCUCUAAUGAAGGAGAUCACUACUCCUCUAAUGAAGGAGAUCAUUACUCCUCUCAUGAUGGAGAUCACUACUCCUCUAAUGAAGGAGAUCACUUCUCCUCUAAUGAAGGAGAUCAUUACACCUCUAAUGAAGGAGAUCACUACACCUCUAAUGAAGGAGAUCACUACUCCUCUAAUGAAGGAGAUCAUUACUCCUCUCAUGAUGGAGAUCACUACUCCUCUAAUGAAGGAGAUCACUUCUCCUCUAAUGAAGGAGAUCACUACUCCUCUAAUGAAGGAGAUCACUACUCCUCUAAUGAAGGAGAUCACUACUCCUCUAAUGAAGGAGAUCACUACUCCUCUUAUGAAGGAGAUCAUUACACCUCUAAUGAAGGAGAUCAUUACUCCUCUAAUGAAGGAGAUCACUACUCCUCUAAUGAAGGAGAUCAUUACUCCUCUAAUGAAGGAGAUCACUACUCCUCUAAUGAAGGAGAUCACUACUCCUCUAAUGAAGGAGAUCACUACUCCUCUAAUGAAGGAGAUCACUACUCCUCUAAUGAAGGAGAUCACUACUCCUCUAAUGAAGGAGAUCACUACUCCUCUAAUGAAGGAGAUCACUACUCCUCUAAUGAAGGAGAUCACUACUCCUCUAAUGAAGGAGAUCAUUACUCCUCUAAUGAAGGAGAUCACUACUCCUCUAAUGAAGGAGAUCAUUACUCCUCUAAUGAAGGAGAUCACCACUCCUCUAAUGAAGGAGAUCAUUACUCCUCUAAUGAAGGAGAUCACUACUCCUCUAAUGAAGGAGAUCAUUACUCCUCUAAUGAAGGAGAUCACUACUCCUCUAAUGAAGGAGAUCAGUACACCUCUCAUGAAGGAGACCACUACUCCUCUAAUGAAGGAGAUCACUACUCCUCUUAGGAAGGAGAACAGUACACCUCUCAUGAAGGAGAUCACUACUCCUCUAAUGAAGGAGAUCAGUACACCUCUAAUGAAAGAGAUCACUACUCCUCUCAUGAAGGAGAUCACUACACCUCUAAUGAAGGAGAUCAUUACACCUCUCAUGAAGGAGGUCACUACUCCUCUAAUGAAGGAGAUCACUACUUCUCUUAGGAAGGAGAUCAUUACACCUCUCAUGAAGGAGGUCACUACUCCUCUAAUUAAGGAGAUCACUACUUCUCUUAGGAAGGAGAUCAUUACCCCUCUCAUGAAGGAGGUCACUACUCCUUCAUUAGAGGAGUAA